GGCCCUGGAGGGGCGGAGCCCCAGGGAGGCGGCGGGCGAGCGGCGCUGGGAGCCAGUCGCGCCAAGAGCGCGGAGCCGGGGAUCCGCGCGUGGAGGGUCUUCGGGCGGCCGGCGCGGGAUCUCGCGGGCCAUGGCAGCACCUCCUGUCAGAGGAAGAGGGAAGCAGUCCGAGGAGGGUGACCCCUUAGACACCCCUGCAUCCCCAAGUCCUGAUGGUGAGCAGAGCAGGAGCCAGAGCCCGAUCCAGCUGGAGGACUCCCCUGAGGCAGGCAGGGAGCGGGAGGAGGAGCAGGCCUUCCUGGUCAGCCUCUACAAGUUCAUGAAGGAGCGGCACACGCCCAUCGAGAGGGUGCCCCAUCUUGGCUUCAAGCAGAUUAACCUGUGGAAGAUCUACAAGGCGGUGGAGAAGCUGGGGGCCUAUGAGCUGGUGACCGGCCGCCGCCUCUGGAAGAACGUGUAUGACGAGCUGGGGGGCAGCCCGGGCAGCACGAGCGCGGCCACGUGCACGCGCCGCCACUACGAGAGGCUGGUCCUCCCAUACGUGCGGCACCUGAAGGGGGAGGAUGACAAGCCGCUGCCCCCUGCCAAGCCCAGGAAACAGUACAAGAUGGCCAAGGAGCCUCGGGGGGACGACGGGGCCACCGAGCGGGCGAAGAAGACCAAGGAGGAGAGGCAGGUGGCCCCGGUGACACCAGGAAAGACCAAAAUGGAUGCUGCCGAGCUGGCCCCGCUUCCCAGCCAGGAGCCCCUCGGGCACAGCACGGAGCAGCUGGGCCCAGCUGCGGGGUCCUCCUUGCCCUUUGUGGGUACUGGUGUCUGCCCUGAGGCCUAUAAGCGGCUCCUGUCCACCUUCUACUGCAAAGGGACACAUGGUGUCAUGUCACCUCUGGCCAAAAAGAAGCUCCUAGCUCAGGUCAGCAAGGCGGAAGCCUUACAGUGCCAGGAGGAGGGCUGUCGCCACGGGGCAGAGGGCCCUGACAGGGAGCUCACAGAGAGUCCCCGGAGCCCGAGAGGGCUGGCGGAGAACUUGGGGCGCCAGCCGGCUCCCCUGGAGGGGUCACAGGUGCCAGGAAGCAGCCUGCAGGCGGAGGCUCCGGGGGGCCCCUGCCCCGCAGCCCCCUUCUUCAUGGGCUCUUUCCACGCCUGCCCCACUGAGGUGCUGAGACCCAUCAGCCAACACCCCCGGGACUUCUUCUCCAGCCUUAAAGACAGGGUGCUACUGGGCCCCCCAGGCAAAGCGGAGGGGCUUUCUGCCAAGGAGCCCCCGCUGGUGUGGGGCGGGGACGCCAGCCGCCCCUCUGCCUUCCACAAAGGCAGCUCCAGAAAGAGCAGCUUCUACCCCAAGCCCAAAGCCUGCUGGGUGUCCCCCAUGGCCAAACUCCCUGCCAACAGUCCCGUGCCCCUGUCUGCCAUCCCCAGCAGCCCCAGCCUGGGCAACAAGCGCAGCCUGGAUGAGGAAGGCUUUGCCCACGGUGGCAAAAAACUACGGGCAGUGUCUCCUUUCCUGAAGGAGGUGGACGCCAAAGAACGUGGGGCAAAGCCCACGGCACCCGGCGUGGCUGUCUCCUGCCUGCUGGGCCCAGCCCUGGGGCCUGCCCCGCCAGAAGCCUACAGGGGCACCAUGCUGCGCUGUCCACUCAGCUUCGCUGGCACCCCGGACCCGCUAAAGGGCCAGGCUGCACUGCCCUUCAGCCCCCUGGUCAUCCCGGCCUUCCCGGCCCACUUCCUGGCCACUACCAGCCACUCACCCAUGGCCACUGGCCUGAUGCACUUUCCCCCAGCGUCCUUCGACAGUGCCCUCCGCCACAGACUCGGCCCAGCCUCACCUGCCUGGCACGUGCCGCCUGGCACGACCUACGCGCCGCCGCCCUUCCACUUGAACACCAAGCUAUAGGUCUGCCCGUCACACUGCUGUGCUGUGGAGGGUUGAGGUGCCCGGGGAGGGACAGGCCCUGCGAGGUGGCUCCCUGCCCAGGACAUGUGGGCCAGGAAGGCUGGCACAAAGUGGCAGUGGGAAAACUGGGUUUGUCCCAAGGAGGCAACCUGAGCCCAGAGCCUGGGGACCCAGGUGGGACAAGGCCUUGGAGCAGAUGCGCAGGGUUGGCAGCGCCCAGCUGGCGCCCCCAGUGCAGGCAUCAGGAGGUGAGACUCCGAGGAGUCCAUUGCAGUUCACGGUGUCCCCAGCACCCGCCGACAUCCAGUAAAAAGACACGCUCAGACCUUUGCAAGGGCAGGUGGACAGGACAAGCUGGUGGGGCCACCCAUGUGGCAGCCCAAGAGAUGAAGAGAUGCCAUUCGGUGGUCUGGAUGCCACCACCCCCGCGGAAGAGCCGCCCAAGCAAAGUCUGGCCUCCAUGCCCGUUCCUCAGGCCUCCUGGCGGAUCCAGUCUCUUCAACCUGCUUUCCUAGUUGAGCUUCAAGCCACCUGCCUGUCACCUCAUGUGCAGCUGGGAAUCCAGGGCUUACAGCAGGCUGGUGACCUGGCAGGCAGGUGCAGAGUAGGGCAGUGCCCACCUGCACAACCCUAGGUGGUCGCAGCACUGAGCUGCCCCCGGGACUCUGGGCCCCAGGACCAGACGCGCCCUGUACCUGCUCACCAGCUCCAGAGAGGGAAGUCACUUGCUUGGAGAUGAAGCCUCGUCGUGUUGUCCAGGCCGGUCUCUAAUUCUUGGGCUCCAGCGAUCUUCCCAGCUUUCAGAGCAGCUGGCACCCCAGGGUGUAAGCACGAAGCCCGAGUCAGCCCGCUGUGGUUGUGUACGGAGACCUAUGGGCCUUGCUGCUGGAUGCGGUGGCUGUUGUCACCCACCUCCACUUCCUGCCUCACAUGGACGGCCAUCAAGGCCACGGGGGUCCUGAGGUGCUGAGGAACAGGAGUGGCCGGUUACUGCCUGGUGUCCGCUUUGACCGUGCGCGCCUGCGCGUUCCAGAUGAGCUUGCCCCAGGGUGUCAGCAUGUGCUCAGCACAGCUUCACACAGGUGCUGGAAAGGCAGCGCCACCUAGCCCAGGGGACGCGGGGUGACCCAAGGGCCAAGUCAUCGGAUGGCCUCGACCUGCAUCCCAGAACUCGAUCUGCCCUCUGGGACCAGGCCGCAGGGACUUUCUGAUCGAAGGCCAAACCCUUCCCCCAAGUCACAGUGGAAGGCUGAAGACAGGCGUAGGGUGGGGAUCCCUGGGGAUGACAGAGCCCACGUCAGGCCACGCACAGCAGGCCGGGCCCCACACGGGCGGCCAGGGCAGGGAGGCAGCCCUGUGGAGGAGCUCGGCCCGGUGCCCCCAAGGUAGGCCAGCAGCAGGGUGGCUGUCACUGCCAUGCAAGCACUGACAGGCUCUGCAGGGGCCUCUCCUGCUCCCCUGCCUCACUCCUGGGGGACCCCAGGAUGCCAGCCUGAGUUCCUGGACGACCGUCCCUGAGUUCCCGACUGCAUCCUCCACGUGCUGCUCAUCCCCCCAGGCCUGGGUCCCCUGUAGGUGACAGAGAAGGGGGUGCUGAGUUUUGAGCAUGGAGCAGGCACACGCCCUAGGGGCUGGGCUGCAGGCUAUGGGGGCUGCAUCCUCUGGAUAAGGAAAUGAGGGCUGCCUUUUUUGGGGUAUCCUGGGUGAGAUGGAGCAAGGUCUCAUGGCCCCUUCAUCUGCAAAGUAAUGCUGGGCUCAGCCUCACCAAGGCGAGCAGGUGGCCGAGUGCCAAGGCUGGGAUGGGGCGCCCUCUGGAGGCAGGUCUGGAGAUGCGCUUCUCAGCCACUACAUCCAGAGUCCUGGGUACCACGGCCGGAAGAGCACCAAGGCUCAGGCCAGGUGCUGAAGACAAGAGCUGGGUGCAGGCCAGGCUUCUGGGAAGCCGUGAUCCCUGAGCUCCAGCAUGCUGGCCUUCCACAGCCCUCAGGCUCACCCGCUCUCCACGACGCCCUGAGGAAGGGACUGUUCGACUUACAAACGAGGACGCUGAGCCCAGGGGGAUGAGGCCUCCCCCCCCCCCCCGUGCCCGCUGUGCCACUUGCUCACCACAUUCAUUCCCUUGCUGGGUCCCUGAUAGGCUGCCCUGGGGACCCGCAGUGCAGCAGGGUCAACAGGGUCUGUGUAGGGGUGUGAGCUACAUUUCUGGGCCACUGUUAGGACCCCGUCCAAAAGGUCAGUGGUACGAGCUGCUGAUGGUGGCAGGGAGCAGAGGCCACUGUGGAAAGUGCUGACUGCUCCCCAUGGCCCUAAGUGUGGGCCGUGGCCGACCCUGGGCAUCUGUGUGCUGAGGGCCACUCCCAUUGCGGGCUAGGACGCUCAGCUCUGCCCUGCUGCAGCUGUCCCUGCGGGUGAGGCAGGAAAGAAGCCAAUGACUAAAUCACAGCGUCUGGGGGACAGUGUGGGCCGGGAGCAAGGAGUGCAGUUUUGUCUGCUUUGGGGGUUAAAAUAUGUUUGCCAUUGUCACCAUUUUAAGUGUGCAUCGUGUGGCAUUAAAUGUACGCUCACUGUGUCGGACAGCGUCACACCA